AUGGAAACUCUAAGGCAAAUACCAAGUUCUGGUAUCUCUGUUACCUAUACAAAUCCUACAGCAUCUGGUAUGGUCUUUGCUACUCUUCUAGUUUCUUGCUGCUCAUCUUUGAACAUAAGAGCUCGUCCACUUAUUUCUAACUCACCUUUCCUUUCUGUCUGGAAUGCUCCCACAGAACUUUGUACUGAAAGGACUGGAGUGCAGCUGGACAUGAAAUUUUUUUCACUCAUAGGAAGCACACUGAAGACAUCUAUUGGGCAAAACAUCACUCUUUUCUACCCAGAUAGGCUUGGCUACUAUCCUUACAAAAAUGAAGUCACAGGAGAGGCAUUCAAUGGAGGACUCCCUCAACUAUCACUGCUGGAAAAUCACUUAAAUAAAGCCAAGGAGGACAUCCAGUUCUAUAUUCCUUCAGAUGAACAGUUUGGAUUGGCUGUCAUUGACUGGGAAAACUGGAGACCUGUGUGGAUAAGGAACUGGGGAUCAAAGGACAUUUAUAGACAGGAAUCCAUUGAACUGUUUCAGCAGAGAGACAUCAGUCUAUCAGAAGCCGAAGCCAGAACUAUAGCUAAAAUGGAAUUUGAAGCUGCAGCAAAAUCAAUUAUGUUGGAAUCUUUAAAGCUGGGCAUAGAAAUGAAGCCAAAUCGUCUGUGGGGCUAUUACCUUUACCCAGACUGUUAUAACUAUGAUUACAAACAAAACCCACAUAAUUACACAGGAACCUGCUUAGAUAUUGAAAUAGAAAGAAAUAAUGAGCUUAACUGGUUGUGGGAGAAAAGCACAGCACUUUAUCCAUCUGUCUAUCUAGAGACAGCCUUAAGAUCUUCCAGAAAUGCCCAGCUCUUUGUUCGAAACAGAGUUCAAGAAGCCAUUAGAAUUUCAUAUGUCUCUAAUUCUACUCAUCCUCUUCCAGUUUUUGUAUAUACACGUCCAGUAUUCACCGAUGUCUAUGAGGAAUAUCUCUCCCAGGAUGACCUGGUACAUACCAUUGGAGAAUCUGCUGCACUGGGUGCUUCUGGAAUUGUGAUCUGGGGUGAUAUGAAUUUAACACAAAAUAAGAACACCUGUAGAACUCUGGACAACUACCUCAGGAGGACUUUAACCCCAUACCUCAUCAAUGUCACCAUGGCAGCCAGAAUCUGUAGCCAAGUCUUAUGCCAAGACUCUGGUGCUUGCGUGCGGAAGAAAUGGAAUUCCAGUGACUAUCUUCACUUGAACCCUGAGAAUAUUGUCAUUCAAAUGACAAAGGACGGAAAAUACACUCUACAAGGGCAACCAGCAUUUCAGGAUCUCCAAACACUUAUAGAGAAAUUUGACUGCCACUGUUAUGCAGGGCACAGUUGUGAACCUAGAGCUGAUAUAAAUGACAUCCAUUACCUCCAUGCUUGCAUUUCAGAUGAUAUUUGCAUUCAGAUAUCCUCAAAUUCACUUUCUAAUAUAGAAGCCUCUGAAGAACAGCCUCUGCCUAACAGAACUGUAUUUUCAUUUACCUCUCAGAGUACGGUGACAUUAUCCACAUAUCCUGAAACAGAAGAUUUCCAGUCUACCUUUGGAAAUAAUAUAUUCAAUAGAACAACUGCAGAAUAUGACACUGUCGCAGAUGCCACUAGGUAUGAUGUACAAGCAAAUUAUACUCGUACUUCCAGUAGUUCUUCAUCCUAUAAGAUAAGGAUGUUUAAUCUGUUUGGUUUAAUUCUAUUUUUGAGAAUCUUAAUAUAG